AUGACCGACUCGAAAACCGAGUAUGCCCCUGAUACAAAGGAGGACGUGCUUGAUGUUGCAAGUGUCAAGCACAACGAAGAAGAAGACAACGUCUCCUACAGCAGUGCUGAAAGACGUUUGGUUCGAAAGUUAGAUUAUAUCUAUGUCAUGCCAUGCAUUGCCAUCCUCAACUUUUUGCAGUUCUUUGACAAGUCUGCACUGAACUACGCUAGUGUGCUCGGUAUCAAAGAAGAUACCAACGUCAGCGACUCGCAGUACAGCUGGCUCGGUUCGAUUUUCUACUUGGGCUAUUUACUUUACCAGGUUCCAAAUGCCGUUCUUAUUCAACGUGUACCAUUGACGAAAUACAUUUCCUCGCUGAUCAUCCUCUGGGGACUUGUUUUAACUGUUACUUCCGAAGGCAAAAACUUUUCACAGAUGGCUGCUUUGCGCUUCCUCCUCGGCUUUUUCGAGGCAGGAAUUUACCCGUGCUGUAUUAUGCUAAUCAGUACCUUGUACCGCCGCCACGAGCAAGCUGGUCGUCUCGGCAUUGUGUACAUCUGCAACGGUGUUGCCAUGGCCGUUGGCGGUUUGAUCGGUUAUGGUAUUGGCAACAUGACAGACGUUGGUAACAAGGCUUCUUGGCAAUGGAUUAUGAUUAUUCUUGGUGCAGUCACCAUCGCUUUCGGUCUCAUCUGCUUCUUCUGUUUGAUUGAUAACCCGCGUUCCCGUUUUCUCCGACUUGAUUCUGAGCAGGAGCGCAUCGUGGACUAUCGUCUGCAGGAUAAUGCGGUCGUACGUACCAAGCAAAUCAAGGUGCACCAUAUGUGGGAAGCAGUCCGCGAACCUCGGUUCUACUGCUUGGUCUUUGCCUCGCUGCUCGUGAAUUUCCAGAAUGGUGCAAUGAACACGUUCAGCUCCAUCAUCACAAAGGGUUUUGGCUUUUCGAGCUUAAAUGCCAUUCUGCUCAGUAUUCCUUCCGGUGUCGCUGACUGUAUCUUCAUCGCUGCUGCUGUAUGGUACAACAGACGCUAUGGCCAGACAAUCUACGUUGCCUGCUUUUUCCUUGGUGUCGCCAUUAUCGGCUUAGUCCUGUUGGUUGCCAUUCCUAAGCCGCAAGUCAAGCUCGUGGGCCUUUACUUGUCAUGGGCCUACUGUGCCGCCUAUACCUUGAUGCUUGUUUGCGUCGCCAACAACGUUUCGGGCUAUACCAAGAAGAUCUUUUAUUCUAGUGGUAUCAUCGCCGGUUAUACGAUCGGCAACUUCAUUGGUCCUCUUAUCAUGGUCUCCUGGCAAGCUCCCUUAUACCUCGGAGGAAUGAUCGGUUGCAUGUGUGCAAACCUUGUUUCCAUCUUCUUGCUGUUGAUUGCCCGUUAUAGCAUGGCAAAAAUCAACCGUGAACGCGCUGCAGCUCUGGAGAAGAACGACGCCCCACCACCUGGUACUGAUGAUUUGACUGAUCGUGAAGAUUCUAAGUUCUUGUAA